CUCUGGCAAAAAGGGAGAGAACAAGGAUAGGAGAGGCAGUGGGGGAAAGGUUCAAGUGCGGGUUUUCUCCUUGAACCUAGAAGAUUAUGGGUCAAGAGCUGUGUGCAAAGACUGUACAGCCUGGAUGCAGCUGCUAUCGUUGUUCAGAGGGAGGCGAGGCACACAGCUGUCGGAGGAGUCAGCCUGAGACCAUGGAGGCUGCGUUCAAGCUAACAGACCUAAAAGAAGCAUCAUGUUCCAUGACUUCAUUUCACCCCAGGGGACGUCAGGAUGUCCGUGCCCAGAAGUUCAAGAGUAAAAGGCCACGGAGUAACAGUGAUUCUUUUCAGGAAGAGGGUCUGAGGCAGAGUUUUCAGUGGAGGAAGAGCCUCCCUUUUGGAGCAGCCUCAUCUUACUUGAACUUGGAGAAGCUGGGUGAAGGCUCUUACGCUACAGUUUACAAGGGGAUUAGCAGAAUAAAUGGACAAGUAGUGGCUUUAAAAGUCAUCAGCAUGAAUGCAGAAGAAGGAGUCCCAUUUACAGCUAUCCGAGAAGCUUCUCUCCUGAAGGGUUUGAAACAUGCCAAUAUUGUGCUUCUGCAUGACAUAAUCCACACCAAAGAGACACUGACAUUCGUUUUUGAAUACAUGCACACAGACCUGGCCCAGUAUAUGUCUCAGCAUCCAGGAGGGCUUCAUCCUCACAAUGUCAGACUUUUCAUGUUUCAACUUUUGCGGGGCCUGGCGUACAUCCACCACCAACACGUUCUUCACAGGGACCUGAAACCUCAGAACUUACUCAUCAGUCACCUGGGAGAGCUCAAACUGGCUGAUUUUGGUCUUGCUCGGGCCAAGUCCAUUCCCAGCCAGACAUACUCUUCAGAAGUUGUGACCCUCUGGUACCGGCCCCCCGAUGCUUUGCUGGGAGCCACUGAAUAUUCCUCUGAGCUGGACAUAUGGGGUGCAGGCUGCAUCUUUAUUGAAAUGUUCCAGGGUCAACCUUUGUUUCCUGGGGUUUCCAACAUCCUUGAACAGCUGGAGAAAAUCUGGGAGGUGCUGGGAGUUCCUACAGAGGAUACUUGGCCGGGAGUCUCCAAGCUACCUAACUACAAUCCAGAAUGGUUCCCGCUACCUACGCCUCGAAGCCUUCACGUUGUCUGGAACAGGCUGGGCAGGGUUCCUGAAGCUGAAGCCCUGGCCUCCCAGAUGCUGAAAGGCUUCCCCAGAGACCGCGUCUCCGCCCAGGAAGCACUCGCUCACGAUUAUUUCAGCGCCCUGCCAUCUCAGCUGUACCAGCUUCCCGACGUUUCAGGAGUGAGGCUCAAGCCAGAAAUGUGUGACCUUUUGGCCUCCUACCAGAAAGGUCACCACCCAGCCCAGUUUAGCAAACGCUGAUGAAAAGAAAGGGCGAGAUCACCAAGGUUCUUCCAGGGCUGUAUUUCUGCAGUUUUGAUUUUCAUUUGCUUCAGCCUACUAAGAAGUUUCAAAUAUAACUCCAUACUGAACAAGGGGUUUUAUGCCCUCACCUAUGACCUGGAAUAGUUUAAAUAUGAUGUUCGAGGCAACAGUACAUAAUACUGGAGGAAAACGCAAUGGAAGGUUAUUGCUAUUGUCAUUUGCCUAGAAUUUAAGUGAUUGAUUUUAAAAAAUUAGACAUAAACUAAGAUAGUCUGAGAAGAGGACUUCUGAAUAAUUUCAUUCAUUUUGCCAUUUGAUAAGGGAUUCCUGGGCUAGAAGGUUGAUUUCCCAAAAAGACAGAUAAGAGACUGAUAAUGUGACAAGAAUCUGGAGACAGAGCUGGUGCUUACAGAGACCUGCCACUCCUGUGUUCGCUUACAGUGUCUCCCAACAAAAGGAUUUCUGUGGCAAAGAGAAAACUAGUCUAAAGUUUAGAAAAGUCUCCAGGGAAGACGGUUUCUUGGAUAACAUUGUCAACAACAGGACUUCCUGAGGACUAUUUAUUAUUAUUUCGUAGGGGGCACUUCCUCACUCACUAAAGUGGAUUAUCAGAGCAUACUACCACCCAACCCAUAUUUUAGGAAUUUGGAUUUGGCUGCUGAUUAGAAUUGAAUUUCAGGCUAUCUCCUCCUACUGAAUCUCAAUUGUCUGUGAUGAUGGCAACAGUGAUGGGGAAUCUAAGCACUGGUUUGAUGGUGGAGAUAUUGAAUAAAUAGAUGGGAGCAGAGUUCCAAAGAUAUAAUUUAAGCCCUGUUGCACCACCACCACCACCACACACACACACACACACACCCCUCAAGUAAAAUGAGAGAUCUGUCUUAGCUAACAUGUGUGCCGUUUUAUACAAUGACUCCUUCUAAAAGAAGCCAGGGAAACUCAAAUCACUUCUGUCUAUGGAUCAUCUCAGGAAAUGUAGUAGCCUAGAAACCAGAGACCUCUGUAUAUUCUUUGGAAGAACAAGGAGGAACUAAUUAAGAGAGAAUUAAAAAAUAGUAACUAUCCCCCACCGUCUGAGAUGGGAAAAGGAAAAAGACACAUAGGUAGCCCAAAUCAACCUGCCUGAGUAAGUAUUUGAUUUUAGUAAGGCAUUUGACAAAGCCUGUCCAACUGUACCUGAAAGAUGAAACGGUGUGGGUUGGGUGAUGGAGCAGAUAUAUGUACUCAAAUCAUGGUAGUUAUUUAACCCAGAGAAAGGCCAGCUGUGGUGUGCUACAACGUUCAGUCUUGAGUCCUAUUCUGGUCAAAUAUUUUUAUUAAUUACUUGAAUAAAUCAGAGUACUUGGACAACUUAUUCAUACAACUGCUUAGAGUAAGUACUAUUAUUAUUAAUUUAUGACUUCCAUUUCACAAAAGGCGAGACUGAGGCUCAGUGAAGUUAAAUAACUCCUUCAUAGUAGCAUGCCAGACUUAAGAUGCAAACCUCAGACCUGGCUCUCCAAUGUUCCUGAUACCUAUCAAAUUUAGAGAAUAUAUAACUCUUGCAGAGGCAGCUGCUAUUUAGUAUUGGAUCACGAUUCAAAAGACACCUUGCUAGAAGCCAAUGAACAGCAGGCCAAAACAACGCUUAUUUCCAUCAAAUUUCAUCUGACUUAAAUUCUUACACUUUGGGCUACAACUUAAAAAAAAGGCUGUGACUUAGUGGAAAUUGGCACUUUUAAGUACAAUAUGAAUUAAUAGUAUAAUUUCGCUGUCCCCCAAAGAUAAUGCUAGUACCAAUUGGAAGCUCAGGGAUGCUACCGUUGAUGCAUCAGCAAGAGUUCUUGAGCAGCUUCACCUGUCCAUCAGUACACUGAGUUCCCACAACAGGAGUGGGAUUCCUCUGCCUCCCUGAAGAUAUGAGAGCUGUAGGAGGGAUUCCCAUGUUGGAGGUUAGAACAGCUGACCUCCAGUGUCCCAUCUAAUUCCAAGAUUCUCCAAUAAUGAGUUUGGAACAGCUGUGGACAGACUAUACUUGGAAUUAUGGUUAGAUACUAUUGCUGCAGGAAUGGAUAGACAAAUUUGGUUUUUUAAAAAUUGAUUUUAUUACGUGGAAGUUGACAGAAUUAUCCUCUUUAUAAUGGAAGAUACAUUAUGCUUAUGCAUAUGCAUAUACAUUAUGCAUAUGAUUAUGCUUGUGCUUCCUUCUUUAAUGGAUUUACCUAUUCAAAAGCUUAAUAAAAAGUAUAAGACUCUAAAACAUUUAAAUCUUUCAUUUCUCAGUUUUAUCAAAUAAACAUUCCUGGAAUUUGUGCAUA